GUGAGAAUCAGUCCACAGGUGGGAGUCAGUGGUAUUAUUUAACUCCAUUCCAUGUACCACAGAACAUAGCAAAAGAAGGGGGGAUUUGUAUGAUUUUUUUAGAAUGCAUUUGCAAUACAGCUUUUUCAAACCUUUCAAGCUUUCCUGACCUAAACUAAUAAUCUAACUGACAGGUUGCAGUUACACUGUUGUGCUAGUAGGGCUCCUUCAAACACCACUGUCAAAGUCUGAGAGUAACUGUAGGAUGUGUCUUAUAGCUGAAUCUGGAUUAUAGAGGAGUGUGUAAUUUAGUGCCCAAUAAUAUGGUUCUACUAUAGUACAAAUAAGAGCCUGUAGUGAUGUGUAAACAAGCUUUAAAUGUUUAUCUUGCAGCUUUCCUGAUGAGCUACAAUUGAUUAUUUUAUUUUUUUUCAUUUUGAAGCAAUUAUAUGAGGUGUGUAAUAAAUAAAAAUAUGCAUAAGCACAUAAUUUAAUUAUUUGUGUUUUUCAUUAUGUUUAUGCAGUAUUUAUAUUUUUCUUUUUAGAAUUAUACGUUUUAUUCAGAAGAGACACUAAAAGUAUCACCCAUAAAAAUAAUUAAAAUUUUAGUGUGCUUUAUUAGGAUGACAAAAACUACAUUUUUAUUUUCGAUGUGUUUGCAGCAUAGCUGUGAGAAAUUGUGCAAUGUAAAAUAAACUUAAGUAAUAUUAAUUUAUUAACAAAUAAAAUUAAAUAUUAGUAAUGGAAAAUAAAAUGUUGCAGUGUAAAAUAAAAUAACAGUGCAGAGUAAACUAAGCAGCUGAUCUUUAUAAAACUACAAUAUGAUGUUUUAGUACUUUAUAUUAGUUUUUAUGUACUAGUUUUAAAGGGAUAGUUCACCCAAAAAUGACAAUUCAGUCAUCAUUCACUGCCCCUUAAGUUUUUUUCUUUUCUUUUUCUAUUAAACACAAAAGAAGAUAUUUUGAAGAAUGUUGGUAACCAAAACAACUGCUGGUCCCCAUUGGUAAAAGAUACAUCAUCCAGAUGUGCUGAGACACAUCAAAAGUGAUUUAUCCUGGGGUCAUUGGUUGUUACGGGUGUUUUGCCCAGGCGACCCAGCCGGAGUUGAUCAGGCCCUGGCCUGUGUCAGAGCAGCAUUUGCCCAUGGUUCUGCCCUCUUAAUCCAAAGUCACCUAGUGGCUUUCUCUGUGAUUUCAGUUGCGAAUCUGAUCACCUUUUUCUUUGCCUCCCAGUAAUGCCUAAUAGUGUACACACUUUGCAGAGUGAUCUCCCUGAAAAUCUUCUGCAGCCCACCUCCGGAGGCUCACAACAAGUUUGCAAGCCCUGCCUCCCACACUCUUCCACUAGCUCCUGGUACUUGGCGCACUUCCUCUCAUUGGCCUCAUCCUUGCGCUCUUCCCAAGGCACAGUGAUCUCCAGCAAGAUCAGUUGUUUGGUAGAAUCUGAGACAAUGAUCAUGUCUGGAUGAAGCUGCAUGGAUAUUAUUCUGGUCACAAUCUUCAGCCGUUUGCCAAGAUCCACUUCCAGUUGCCAGUCAGUGGGGGUAGUGAGGACGGCAGACUUUGGUUUCGGUUGUUGAUGGGCCUUCUCUCCGGCUCUGAGAAACUUGGUGGUCUUUGGUUUGUGGUGGCCCUUGAUGGAACUGAAGGCUGUGGCUAUGCUCUCCUUGCCCAGUUGAUGAGCUUCUCUAGCCCUUGGAAUAUCCACCUGCUGCCCGAGACAGAUGUGGUGGUGACAGUCAGGUCAUCCAUGAAGGCUCUUAUUGGGGGCUGUCGCACUCCAGAUCUCAUCAAAGGGCCUCUGCACUCUACCUCUGCCGACUUAAAAAUCAUGUUUAUGGUGAGGGCGAAGAGAAUGACUGAGAUGGUGCAACAUGUAAUUAUGCCUUUCUCUAGCCGAUGACAGUCUGAUGUACCUGACCCAGUGGUGGCUCUUAGCCUGAACUUGCUGUAAUAGUCCGUGAUUUUGCUAGGAACAUGAUGUCUAUAUAGUUGUUCUUCAGGAGGAACUCCGUUAGUUGUCGUGACAGGAUGCUGAAGAAUAUCUUGGAAUAUCACCUUUGAAUAUCAACUUCGAUGCUUAGCAGUGAGAUGACUCUGAACUGACUGAUGUUCUUUGAAUUCUCUUGCUUAGGGAUCCACACUCCUUCUGCAUAUCUCCACUGCUUGGCAUCUCUUCCCCUGUGCCAGAACCCUCAGACUCUUCCACAGGUGCCGAAGGAGUUGCGGGCAGCGCUUGUACACAGUAUAUGGAACUCCACUAGCGGAGGCUGAUCUGGCUCUUUUCACCACCUUCUGAACCUCCACCCAGCUGGGCUCCCUCAUGACAAACUUAACUGCCUGAGGUUGUGGGCUUAUGAGGGCUGUGUGUAGUUCCAGUUCACUUCCUCAAACUUCCUCAAAUACCCCGCCUCCGGUGCCACUCUGCCCUGCGUAGGGACAUGAGCUUCUUUCUUGAGAUGUUGUGAAGCUCAGGAAGUGGUUGCUUUUCUUCUUCUCUCCCCUUGUACUGUUGUUUAAGACUUCAAAGCUCCUGACACAGUUGAUGUAUAUUUGUGGCUCUAUGGUUCGUAGCGUAGGAGGGCUUGGUGUUUCCGCUCUCGACAUGGCCAAAUCUCUUGGCUAACAAUGAUUUCCGUCAUGGCCUUGAGCUGGCUGUCCACUUCCCCCUUAGCUGUAGCUUUAAGGACCUUGCUAACGUCUGUGUCAAACUGAGACCACAUGGUUUGGCUGUUAGCUAUUCUGCAGGAUUUGGAGGGCUCUACUGCUUGGAGGGACUGGGCUCUGUGGGGUGAAUCCUGGCCGGGCUCCUCCUGCGUCUCACCAGGUUCAGAUCCUGUGUGCUGCAGUACGUUCUCCCGCUGCGUGCAUUUCAUCCUUGCCUGAUGUAUCUUCAGGUCAUGCAGAUUCUUGCAUAUUUUUCCGCAGAUGCAUCUUACUUUUGUUAUCGAAUUCCCUUUUGCAUGGGUCGAUACCGUUGGGUCCAUCCUACUGGGGUUCUCAUUGCCCACAGUUCUGCCCUCUUAAUCCAAAGCCACCUAGUGGCUUUCUCUGUGGCUUCGGUUGCAGAUAUGAUCACCUUUCUCUCCCCGGUGAUGCCUAGUAGUAGGGCUGCAUGAUUAUGACAAAAAUCAUUAUUGUCGAUUAAUUGUAAUUGUGAUUAUGAAUUAUGAUUAUCACAACUUACAUUGAAUGAUGUACUGAAUAGCUUUAUACCAUUGUUUGAAGCAACUGCAUGCCAUACUUUUGUAUAAAAAUAAAAAAACAAUCUGAAAACGCAAUUUUUUUAUUGUUUUUCUGUAGCAUUAAACCUUAAAUGUCAACUAUAUAUUGGUAUGGUUUCUUCUUUAAAUAAUAAUAAUAAAAAAGUCAGCAUAUGCAUGGUAUAAUAAUAGGAACUUUUGGCACCAGUGUGGUUCCCCGAAGACUAAUGUUCCCCUAGGGCCAGAAGUGACGUAAACUGCACUUGUUGUUGUUACUUUUAUUUUGACGGUGCGGCUCCGUCUUCAUUAGUUUACGAUCUGUUUAACAGUCCCGUCUAAUACGUUAUUAGAUAGAACUGUUAUACAAAGAAAGUAGACAGUAUAUGAAAAAGUAUUAGCUUUUGCCGUGUGGUUGAUGCCCCGUGUUGCUAGCUUAGCACAAAUACAUAAUCAUGUUUCGCUUUGUCUGCUCAAAGUCGCCCUUGAUUUUAUCCUUAGCGUACGGUUCAGAGGUCCAUCUAUCACUGUUUUCCAUGUUUGUAGAGGUAGUUCGCGGAGUAAAUAUAUAGGCUGUGUACACGGCAUUUUAAAAAUGGUGGGUGCUGGUGUUUUGUGUGCGUUCGACAUAUCAGCGUACACUUACGUCACUAGUAGCUUAGACCUUUUACAUACUGAAGUAGUCGUGAUUCACCUCUCACAACGUGACAUGCUCUUAAACAUGCAGCAUAAUGUAAGUGGAUAUUUUUCCUUGUAAUCGAGCCUUUGAAUGAUUACGAAAUCGUGGCAUCCGUAAUCGUAAUCGCGAUUAGACAUUCGAUUAAUUGUGCAGCCCUACCUAGUAGUGUAAACACUUUCGCCCUGCAAAUCCUCUGCAGCCCACCUCCAGAGGCUUACAACAAGUUUGCCAGCCCUGCCUCCUGCACUCUUCCACUAGCUCUUGGUACUUGCCGCACUUCCUCUUAUUAUGGAAGUCAUUGGGAACCAGAAACUGUUUGGUUACCAACAUUCUUCAAAAUAUCUUCUUUUGUAUUCAACAGAACAAAUAAACUCAUACAGGUUUAGAACAACUUGAGUGAAAGUAAUUGAUGACAGAAUUUUGGGUGAACUAUCCCUUUAAAUAAAGUUUUCCAUUCAGUCCAGACUGGUUAAAAACACUCAAGUAACUUUUUGUCUUGGUGUUCAAAAUGAUCUGUUUUUACAGUCUAUAGCCCUAUUCGGACGGGUUUAGUUUUACAUGGGGAGGUGGGGUAAAGUAAUUAUUAUCAGAGCUUCUCAGUGAUUUUAGUCCCGUCCGAAUGUGCCAUCUCAGUAAUCAUUCCGGACAAUGUCAGUAAAGAUUACGGCGACUUUUACCUUCUGUAAAAGGGUCCGGAAAAAUUACCUCAGGUAAUACUAAUCCCGUUCAAAUAGACCCGCUGUAAAUAUGUAUGGUGAAAUUCCGUCAUUUCCUAUUUAAAAGUAGUUUUCCAUGCGUUUUUCAAUCAUGGAAGCACUUGAAGAAACAUUCAGUUGUGUUGAAGGUGGUGGGACAAGUCUGUGGCAAACCUCAAGUAUUUUCCACAUACCAUUCAGAGCAAAAAGAAGCAAACAAAACUAAUUUUAGCUUUAGCUAAGUGCCUAUUACCAUCAGAAUCCAAUCAGAAUUUAAUUAAUAAAUCAUUUGACUGGACCUAACUGUUAUUUAUAGUUUAUAUAUUUAGAUUAUAUGUGUUUGCGCACAUGGUAUCAGGAAGCAACGUAUACAAACAUGACAACAGGGAGGUGACGGCGGUGUGUAAAUCGAGUUACCCCUCCCACCUCUGCUAGUUUUACUGAGAUGUCUUAUCUCGUGCAAAUUGGCCAUUAAUAUUACAGAUGUCCUGUGGUAAAAUUACAAUACUCCACCUCCCCAUGUAAAACUAAUCCCGUCCGAAUAGGGCUUAAGGCAAUAGACUGUGGCAGAUUAAAAAAAAAAAAUCUGUUGUGUUCCACAGAAGAAAGUACGUCAAAGGUUUGGAGCCACAUGAGGUUAGUAAAUGAUGGCAGAAGUUUCAUUUUUGGGUGAACUAUCCCUAUUCUGACCCUAUAGUGCCAUAAGCUGUUAGUUAUUUGAUUGAUGUGUGUGUACAGUACACUGUGAUUGUGUUGCUUCAUUAUAAAGGUACAGAUGUUUCUGUAAGUCAGUCUCAAAAAACUAGUUUUAAUUUUUUUUUAAAUCUAUGAUGAAAAAAUAGACAACCCUUUUUCCAUAACUCAGACAAGACUAAACUGUGUAUAUAAUGCAAUAUUGAUCAUAGGAAAAGACUAAAAUGUAGUUUAAAAAACAAACACUUUAUUUUAUACAAAACAAAGUCAUUAUUUUCUUUGACAAAUAAGUAGACAAGACUUUUUAAAAAAAAUUUUUGAUGGAUUUUGUUGACUAAAAAAAAAAUCCCCAGACUAUUAGUCAACUAAAAAUUGACUAACAAAUAACAGGUUAAGGUUGAUUAUAAAAUGAGUCUCUUCCGGAAGAGACUUGUGGGUGUGAAUGUUUUCACCAGAUAGUAAAUAUAGCCUCAAUAUUUCCUCUUUACGUAAAAUAGCAUCUCUUAUUAACACUCCUACAGACGUUUCCAGUCUUGUUAACAUGGCUUUAGGUGGAGGGUUAAUUUACAUCUCUCUUGAGGUGCUCAUCGCUGUAGGAUGCUGUCUGGGCAAUGUGCUGGUGAUGUGGGCCGUGUGGAGGAGCGGAGCCCUGAACCAAACCACUUUCUGCCUGAUUGUGUCGCUGGCGAUGGCUGAUUUCCUGGUUGGAGCCGUGGCCAUUCCUCUGGCUGUGAUUGUGGACGUCCAUGUGAAGAUCCCUUUCCAUGCCUGUCUGUUCAUCAGUUGUGUCCUGAUUGUCCCGUUGCAAGCAUCAGUGCUCACCCUCCUGGCCAUUGCUGUGGAUCGCUGUCUGCGGGUCUGUAUCCCAUUCAAGUAUAAGACUACAGUCACUAAGAAGCGCUCAUGGAUCAUCGCCGCUGUGUGCUGGAUUCUGGCGUCCGUACUGGGCUUCUUACCGAUGUUUGGAUGGUACAACCAUGACACACUGACACAUUACAACUCCACCUCCAUAGACUGUCAAUUCAUUGCUGUCAUUCCUGCUUCAUACCUGGUCCACUUUAUCUAUGAGGGGUGUUUUCUUCCUCCACUGGCAGUCAUGAUUACUUUGUAUUGCUACAUCUUUUUUAAAGUUAGGAGACAGUCGAGGGGGAGAGCAGGGGUGGCGUCUGAAACUGGUGCAUGUAAUAAAAAGGAACAGAAACUAGCCAGCUCUCUGGUUUUGGUUUUGGCUCUUUUUAUUGUUUGCUGGCUGCCAUUACACGUGAUACAAGCCAUCACAUACUAUAACCAGAAUAUACAUGUACCAUCCAUUGCUUUGUACUUUGGCAUUCUCCUUUCUCAUGCCAACUCGAUGGUUAACCCUGUAGUGUAUGCCUUCAAAAUCCCUAAGAUUAUGCAGGAGUACAGGAAGAUUUGGAGGAAAGUGAUUGGUCGACAGCAGCAGGCAGAUAUAAACGCUACUGCUAGUACCACAGACAGCCAUGAUGGACAAGUUCAUGUGAGAAUCAGUCCACAGGAGAGAGUCAGUGGUAUUAUUUAACUCUAUUCCAUGUACCGCAGAACAUAGCAAAAGAAGGGGGGAUUUAUAAAAUGAUUUUUUUAGAAUGUAUUUGCAAUACAGCUUUUUCAAACCUUUCAAGCUUUCCUGACCUAAACUAAUAAUCUAACUGACAGGUUGCAGUUACACUGUUGUGCCAGUAGGGCUCCUCCAAACACCACUGUCAAAGUCUGAGAGUAACUGUAGGAUGUGUCUUAUAGCUGAAUCUGGAUUAUAGAGGAGUGUGUAAUUUAGUGCCCAAUAAUAUGGUUCUACUAUAGUACAAAUAAGAGCCUGUAGUGAUGUGUAAACAAGCUUUAUAUGUUUAUCUUGCACCUUUCCUGAUGAGCUACAAUUGAUUUUUUUUUUUUUUUCAUUUUGAAGCACUUACAUGAAGUGUGCAAUAAAUAAAAAUAUGCAUAAGCACAUAA